CACACACCACACCUCAUCCCCAACGCGCCCCGAAGUGGAGUGGAGAAGAAACCGGAUCACUAGAUAGCUUGGAAUGGACAUGGACACGAGACAAGAGCUGGCGGAAGCCACCGCUUUGCUGGAGACGGCGAAGGGCCCAAGGGUUCGAAAAGCCCUCUCGGGUCUUGUUGCCUCGCUACAGAGCACCGCGGCGGCAGAGCCAGCGGAAGCCGAGACCGACAGCAGCAGCAGCAGCAGCAGACCGGCGGCGGCUGCGGUGGCGGUGGCGGCCGGUGGGGAUGGUGGUGGAGACGAUGUCCCGGCGGCCUUGAGCGGGUCUCACUUGCCGGAGGCGGAGGGGCAAGCGGCAGCAGAAGCCGCAGGUGCUCCUGUUGUUCCUGCUGCCAAGGUGGAGGGAGGCGUGCCUGCCCCGCCUCGUGCGCCCGAGAGAAACCCGAAGGUGUCCGUGUACGUCCCGCUCGAGGGCGUCGGCGAGGCGAAAGAGCGUGUCUCGUGCUCCUUCACCACCCGAGGGUUCGACCUCACGGUGAAGGAUCUGAAUGGCAAGAGCUACCGGCUGUUGCAGAACAACCUCGACAAGGACAUCGUGCCAGGCGAAAGCAAGAUCCUGGUGAAGAGAGACAAAGUCAUCGUCAAGCUGCAGAAGGCCUAUCGUUUGGAUCAGGCUAGGCUAGAGUUCCAAGAGUAUGGACGGGAGCUCACGAUCGUGGACACGUGUCUGCCAACUCCAAGGCCCGACAAGGUGAAAGGCGAGUACGGGACCUACGACAACUGGGCCAACUUGGCGGCGAAGAAGGCGAAGAGAGUCGACACCAAAGCUGACCCACAAGCAGGAAUCAUGGACAUGAUGAAGGACAUGUACGACGAGGGAGAUGAAUCUACCAAGAAGCUAAUCGGUGAGGAUGUGAAAGCUAGCAAGCGGAGUGUAGGGUCGCGCGUGUAA